UCAGGAGAUUCUUCUAUUGCACCACCUCAUCCGAAACCUACCCCCGACGAUCAGCAAAAUCAGUUGGCUAAUCACUCAUUCGACGGAAAUUCCUCUACUGCUGCCGCCUCCUUCUUAGCAGCUUCCGAAUCGGUUGACGAAGUAGCGACGCAUCUCACUUUUUCCUUAUCCCCUACUCAACACGGCUCACAGUCCUCCACCGUCAAUAUCACUCCCCCUCGAGUUAGUGCUCGGACCUCUUCUCUGGUGGUCCUUUUAUAUUUCAGAAUGCGACGAAAUUCCCCUCCAUCCAUUCAACAAUCUUCCCAAAGAACAAAUGGUAAUGGGAUUCCCGAUUCACGUUCUUCCGCUCCAGUUCUUCCCUCCAACUCAAAUACUUCCUCUCCUGCUCAACUCUCAGUCUCUGAACUCUCCGCCCGCUUUAAUUCUGGACUGCAAUUCCAUACUCAUCGUUCACAUCAACCUCUCAUUUCUGUUACAACCUCGUCCAUGGGCGAGGAAAUUUCAGAUGAGGAAUCUGAAAAUAUCCGAGUCUCUUCACCUCCUCCCAAUACGCCUGAGGAGUUAGCCAAUCUUCGUCGUGCGGAUUCGAACUUAUGGCAGAGAAGAGCUCAUCAUUUGGCCGGCUUUCUUGAACGUCGUCCAUCUCAACAGGAUCUCUUGGCGAAGAAUAUUCUCUCCAGUCGAACAUCCCAAAUGCGUGCUGAAUUGCGCGCUAAAAUUGAAAUCAGCCUGGAACGCCAACUCAGUCAACGACCUUCGGUUGUGGAGUUGGAGCAGAAGAAUAUCUUGCACAUGGGAUCUGAAGAGUCUAGGCUGAAGGAGAAGGAGGAGAAGAAAAAGAAUCUCUCGAGAAAGCUCUCAUUCCGCCCCUCUGUAGAAGAACUGAAAAAUCGUCGAAUUAUCCGAUUCAACGAUUACGUGGAAGUCACAGAGGCUGUCAACUAUGAUCGACGCGCCGACAAGCCAUGGACUCGGCUCACUCCAAAAGACAAGAACAAGUUGCACGGAGGUGGUUCUUCUGAUGAGGAACUCACCGUCUUUUUAACCCAAGCGGAUAUUCGAAAGGAGCUAAAUGAGUUCAAAUCAAAGGAGAUGGAUGUUCAUGAAGACAGCAGGCAAUUCACAAGGUUUGUCAAUAAUCUACCUACUCAUUUUUGUUCA